CUCACCUGCUUCUUCUGCAUCCCCAGGCCCAGGGUCCAGGCGGGUAUCCAAUUCCGCUCUAUUUCGCCCGAUUACCCGCCAUUCUAUCCAUGUCUUGACAUGGUGGGCCAACGCGUCUCUUUUAGACCUCGUCAUGUAGUCGAUCCACCGUCCUAAGCAACGACAGUUCUCUGUUCUUCUUGCUGUUGCUCUGCUGCUACCUCUUCCACCUUUACUUCUUGUCGACCGACACCUUCAAGGCAUCAGUGCAUCGGGGCAGACAGAGAGACAGAGACAGACAAACCGUUCAAAAUGGUCGGCCCACCUCCACUGUUGGGUGUCAAGGUUCUGGAGUUUGCCGGUCUAGCACCAGGCCCCUUCGCCGGCAUGCUCCUCGCCGACGCCGGCGCCAGCGUGCUCCGCGUCGACCGCGCCGUGCCAGGCCAGACCCAUGCCCCCAGCGGCGGCAAGGCCGUCCCGACCGAGGACAUGCUCACGCGCCACAAGGCCUCCAUCGCCGUUGACCUCAAGACCCCGCGGGGCGUCGCCCUGAUCCGCGAGCUCGCCGCCGCCGUCGACGUCCUCAUCGAUCCGUUCCGCCCGGGCGUCCUCGAGAAGCUGGGCCUCGGCCCGUCCGAGCUCUGCGCCCUCAACCCGCGCCUCAUCUACGCCCGCAUGACCGGCUUCCGCCGCGACGGCCGCUACUCCGCCAUGGCGGGGCACGACAUCAACUACCUCGCCGUCUCGGGCGCGCUGUCCCUCCUCGGCCGGUCCGGCGACAAGCCGCACCCGCCCUGGAACAUCCUGGCCGACUUCGCCGGCGGCGGCGCCACCCUCUUCCAGGGCGUCCUGCUGGCCCUCGUCUCCCGCCAGGUCUCGGGCCGCGGCCAGGUCGUCGAGGCCAACAUGGUCGACGGCGCCUCCUACCUAGCCACCUUCCCGCGGUACGCCCUCAAGACGCCGCUCGGCGACAAGGGCCGCGGCCGCAACCUCCUCGACGGCGGCUGCCCCUUCUACGACACCUACGAGACGCGCGACGGCCGCUACGUCGCCGUCGGCGCGCUCGAGCCGCACUUCUUCGCCGUCCUCCGCAAGGGCAUGGGGCUGGACCCCAGCUGGGACACGCGCCGGGACGACCGGGCCAUGUGGCCCGAGCUGCGGGACCUCUUCACCGCCACGUUCAGGUCCAAGACCAGGGACGAGUGGGAGGCCAUCUUCGACGGCACGGACGCCUGCUGCACCCCCGUGCUGGAGUACCCCGAGCUCGAGGCCCGGGCCGGCCGGGAGGGUGACCAGAGACCUGCCGUCACGCUGCGGGAGACGCCUUGCUUGGCCAUCGCGGAGGGGGUCAAGGACCCGUCGAUCCAGGGGCAGGGGAGCGGCCUGUCAGGCGGCGGAUACGUCGGCAUUCCGCUGAGCCCUGGUGAUGGGGGCGAGGCUGUGUUGCAGAAGUGGUUGGGCUGGAACAGCGGGAAGAAUUACGACGUGGAAAAGGGUGGUUUGGUGUGGAAGUCCAGAUUGUAACCAAAGGUAGACCGGGCUUUUGUAGUAUUGGAAAGCCGGGUUCUUCUUCUUUGCUUCCAAAGCUAUCUUUCUGUCGUUCUCGUCGUCGCCAGUGUGUAUUACAUGUCAUCGCUGUGGAGCGCUUCUCUAACACGUCAAGUCUCUCCCCGUCGCUGCCCGCCAACCAGCACUCAUUCUCAUCAAUCUUCCAGCUCCCUUUUACCCCUCAACCGCCACAUGCCUUUUGGUUCCGAU